UUUGGUAAAUAUGUAAUGCAUGAUGCAGUAAUAUUUAAAAUAGUCUCUUUUUAAUGCUUCAGUAUAAGUUCGUUGGUAAAAUUUUUCUGGAAGAAUGUCUGCUCAUUCUGCUGCUAAAGGAAAGCUCAUUGCUGUAAUUGGUGAUGAAGAUACAUGUGUUGGCUUCUUACUAGGAGGCAUAGGAGAAUUGAACAAAUCAAGGCAAACUAAUUUUAUGGUUGUUGAAAAAAACACAUCAGCAUCUGAAAUUGAGGAAACAUUUAAGAGUUUCUUGAAAAGAGAUGAUAUUGACAUCAUUCUAAUCAAUCAAAAUAUUGCAGAGAUGAUUCGAUAUGUAAUUGAUGCUCACACAAAGCCAGUUCCUGCGGUACUUGAAAUCCCGUCAAAAGAUCAUCCUUAUGAUCCAAACAAGGAUUCUAUUCUGAGAAGAGCAAAGGGCAUUUUCCAAGCAGAAGAAUACAGAUAAUCAUAUUUGUAGCCAUGCAGGUCAUAUUAUUCCAGAGAUGUAUUAUUUAUUCAAGAUAGACUUCAUUGUGAAUGUUUUAUUGAUAUAUAAGCUGUAUUGUAAUUGUCUUGUUGAUUUUUAUGAAUAAAAUGUUCCCUUUA